AUGGCGCGUCAACCCGGCUCCGCGGAGGAGCUGUACGAGCUUGUGUGUGCUCUGCAAAAGGAGCAGCAACGGACACAGGCCGACCUCCGCGCGGUGCAACGGCGCACCGAGGCGCUACGGCAGGAGGUGCACUGCCAGGAAGUACUUAUUGCCGAAGAGCAGGCGAGGCAUGAGGAGCUCGCCGAAAAGCAUACGCAAGGCUAUGUCGAACGCCGGCUUGCGGAGGCGCACGCAAGGGGAGCUGCACGGGCCAGUGCUGACGCGGCGCAGGAGUUGCGUUGUGCGAGGCGGGCCUUUGUGCGGAAGUGCCAUGACCACGUUCUCUCGGUCGAGAAAGGGCCAACGGAUGCUAGGCUGUCCGGCAUGCCUGUUGCACGAAGCAACUCCACACCUAUUUCCUCUGCUGCAGAUGAGUCGUGCUCAGGCUCCUUAAGUGCUGUGGGGGUCGAGCCACGCCGUGAGGCGACGCUCAUGCCGGCUGCGGCUGUGCAUCAGCUGCUCCUCUUGCUGAGAACAAAGCUGACGUGGUGCAUCGAGGUGGGGGCGACGGCGGUGCCUGCCCCACACACUGUCUCAUCUGCCGUGGCACCGACGACGGAGGGGAGUUCAAGUGAGCAGCCUCUUGACGGCAGACUUUCCAACGAGCAAUGUGCAGCCGCUAAAGUGGCCACCAGCGUGAUGCCUCCGCUUAUCGCUGAGAAAAUCCCUCACGGGCCACCACCAAAAUCCAUGACGGAUGUGUGCGUGCGUGGCGCUGCUGAUGGCCAAAGUUCCCCCCGUGAAAAGAAGCGUAUUGGCUUUGCACCGGGGUGCUGCUUCGAGCGGGUGACGGCCGUGGCCGCCGCCAACGUGAAUCGCGGCACGAGAAAAAUGUGGCUGACGGAGGGCCCACCUUGUGUCCGCGGCAGUGCUGCAGUUGUGCCACCGCCUGCUAGCGUAACGGCCGAUGGCGACCACCACCCUUCGAACGCUUACCUGAGAAAUGGGUCACUCCCGCGCAAACAACACUGCAGCGGCCACUUCACCGUGCGCGUGGCCUCGCGCUCUGCGACACUCGUUGCUGAGGCCGCAGCCCUUGGCGCAAAGCGCUCGCGCGCCUCCGAAGCUGCGAACACCACCCAGUCAUCACCCCGGAAAGCAGCGAGAACAGAUGGCGAUAAGGGAGUUUCCGCCUGCAGUGCGCCACAGGGCACCAGUGUCGCCGCUGUGUUUCCACCCGCGUACACGAACAAUCGUGACCGCCUUGUUGCCCCGGUAGACUUGCUGUCGCCGCGGUCUGCUGAGGCUCGGCCCAACGGCAGCGGUGGAUCGGGCCGACGCACAGUGUGGACAUGGACGCGCGGGACGUCGCAUAAGCAAUGA